AUGGAUUUGGUCGUAUUGGGCUCCUGGACUACUUUUAACUCUGGUAAAGUGGACAUUGUCGCCAUCAAUGACCCCUUCAUUGACCUCCACUACAGGGUCUACAUGUUUCAGUAUGAUUCCAUCCAUGGCAAAUUCCACGGCACCAUCAAGGCUGAGAACAGUAACCUUGUCAUCAGUGGAAAUCCCAUCACCAUCUUCCAGGAGCGAGAUCCCUCCAAAAUCAAGUGGGGUGAUGCUGGCACUGAGUACGUGGUGGAGUCUACUGGCAUCUUCACCACCGUGGAGAAGGCUGGGGCUCGCUUUCAGGGAGGAGCCAAAAGGGUCAUCAUUUCUGCCCCCUCUGCUGAUGCCCCCAUUUUCGUGAUGGGCGUGAACCAUGAGAAGUAUGACAAUAGCCUCAAGAUCAUCAACAAUGCCUCCUGCACCACCAACUGCUUAGUGCCCUGGCCACGGUCAUCCAUGACAACUUUGGUAUCGUGGAAGGACUCAUGACCACAGUCCAUGCCAUCACUGCCACCCAGAAGACCGUGGAUGGCCCCUCCCAGAAACUGAGGCGUGACGGCUGUGGGGCUUUCCAGA